AGCAGUCCCCUGCUGCACUCCUAAGCUCCGGGUGGCCUCGUCUGGAUGGGGAGAAAGGUUCUCCCUUAACACAAGCUAAAACCUCGUGGAGACAAGCACAACUCCCUGCUGAAGCGCUGGCCUGAUCGCUGUCUUCUCAGGACUUCAAAAAAGAAAAGUAUUGCACAGCCCAGCCCCUGCCUGAAGGGGUUAACGACAGCGGCCAGUCAGCCCAGAGAGUCCCAGACAAUUUCUUAGUGAGCGACCGUUUAACACACACACAGACCCUCGCAGGCAGGAUGUGGGAUACUUUUCAGUCCCUUCAGCAGCACGGGGCUGCGUCAGAGGGAGGCUCUAACCCAGCAGGCCGCUGAAAGGAUCUACCUGCCAGCGAUCGGGGCUCGGCUCAGCGCGAAGGCAGGAGAAUGGAGAGGGAGAAUAACUAUGAGAACCUGGAGAUGAUGGAAGCUGCUCCCCAGCCAAAAGGAAAUCCUACCGAGACAUCGGUCCCUUGGCGGCGCGGGGCGGGGCGGAUCGUUACUGCUGUCCUUCUGCUCCUGACGCUUGUGGCCCUGGCCAGCUCCCUCCUUGCUGUGACGCUUCUAUAUUUCCGGGCACAGAGCAAGCUGCAAGCGGUUGAAGAAGCGGUGCAGAAGCUCCAAGUCUCUCUGCGGCCUGACAACGCCUUGGAUACGUCAGCAAAGGAAUCGGACAGUCUGCAGCUCCUGGACGAAGCGCUGGCAGGAGUCCGGAUGCUGAAAGACCAGCUGGGUCACGUCAGUGCAGCGUAUGGAGAAAUCCAGACCCGUCUGGACAACGUCAGCGCAGCGUAUGGAGAAAUCCAGACCCGUCUGGACGACGUCAGCGCAGCGCGAGCAGCAGUGCAGGGUCGCUGCAGUCAUGUGCUGACAAAGCUUUCCAGAGGCUGGAGGUUUCAUGGUGGGAACCUCUAUUACUUUUCACAAGAAAAAAAGCCGUGGGACGAGGCCGAGCAGUUCUGUGUGUCUCAGGACUCGCACCUGACCUCUGUCUCCUCCCAGGUGGAACAGGAGUUUCUCUCCAACGAGAGCAAGGGAGAAAGUCACUGGAUUGGACUCACCGACCGGGGGACAGAAGGCAUCUGGCGCUGGGUGGAUGGCACAGAAUUCAGAGCAGACGCAAGCAGGGAGUUCUGGGAGGAGAAUCAGCCAGACAACUGGCAUCAGGGGACAGGAGGCAGAGAAGACUGUGUGGAGAUCCGCCCAAGCAAGCUGAAUUUGUGGAAUGAUGCCAACUGCACUCUGCCUUCUAGGUGGAUUUGUAAGCAGGCCCAUGGACAGGCUGGGCUGUGACAUGCGGGUCCCAGCACCUCAGAAAGUGCCUUAAUUUCCAAGCUAUGGAGCACGUUUUCCAGCCACCUGCCGAUGAGGAGCCCUGUGCACUGGCGGGGGCCGCUUGGCAUGUGCAUUGCAGGGACGCUUUGUCUUGGUGUGAUAUUUCUGCUGUAGCAGAGACAGCUGUCCUUAUGCCGCUCAGUGUGCAUGGCUCUGUAAUUUGUAUGUUUCCAGGUCUGUCACAAAAUAAAGUCCUUGGAUCAUA